AAUGUGUGUAAACAAUCAGGUUGAAUAAUUGCUGGUUAAUUUUUAUUUCAAGCGUAAGAACGAUGUUGAUUAAAGUAUAUUUUUGAUACUUAAUUGUCAAAAUAUUCUGACUACAGCAUGGACAUUAAGAAUAGACUUAUCCAAUAUGUAAAAAAUUUUGACUAUCAAAAUUUGCAAGAAAUUCUUCAUCUAGCAAGCAGUGAGGAAAAAGGGAAGAUAAUUGAGAAUGGAUCUUUAUUCCAUGAGUUGGAAGCAGUCCUUACAACAAACUACAAUUAUGACGGACAGGCAGCUUCUAAGAUUGUUUACACCCUAACCUUGCAUGGAGCUGACAUAAAUCAAGUAGAUACGGAUGGGAAUACAUGUUUGCUGAGGUACCUAAAGUUCUGCAGAGCUGUUGACCAGGAUGUGUUGACAGCCUUCCUGAGGUGUGGGUCAGAUAUCUUCUGUAGAAAUAAGGACAAUUUGGACGUGGUGCAGUUUGUCCUACAUACCAGGGACGAGUGUACAGAGGAGAGGGACACCAGGGCUGUCAUACUGCAGUACAUGCCGGGCGUGUGGAGAGCUGUUGCUGCCGAUGAUGUGGGGACUGUCCGAAGACUGAUAAACCAGUGGUGUCACAUCAAUGUGGUCAAGGAUGGCUUAUCAGUUACACAGCUUUCAUUUGAAAAAGGAACUGAAAAUAUCAUCAGAGUUGUGACUGGAAUUGGACCUUCUAUGGACAUGGCUCAUGCAGUAUUGGCAUCUGACUACAGACUGGUUGAGAAGUUGUUGCAAACCAAGUCUAAAAACAUAAAUGUGAACAUCAAAAACUUGGCCGAUGGAGGAGUAACACCAGUCUUCUAUGCCAUGUGUCAGAACAAUGCCGCCAUGGUGGAUCUCUUACUGAAACAUGGGGCUCGACUGGAUGUGCCGGUCCGGGGGGACAGAGAACUGGAGAUGCCUCUGUACUUUGCUGCUCUCUCCCACAAGCCUGCCAUUGAUGCGGCGAUCCUGAGGCACUGCGUCCCUGAAACAGGCCUGGAUCACCUCUACUACCAGGGGAAGAAUGUGAUUUUUCACCUUAUCGACAGCCAAGCAGACCCAGAAUUGUUUGGUGAUGUUCUUUCCAAGUGUUCAAGUUCUGUUCUCACACAGAGGAUAAUGGGGAACAUGGAUGCCUUGUCAUAUGCAGUGUAUAGGAAUCAAAUGUCAUUAGUGGAUAUCAUCAACCAGUUCGUGCUGAAGUGGUGUUGUGAUGGUGAUCACCCCGGCAACAGAAACAUACUCUGUCUCCAUGGCUACCAGUUUGUUCUGCCCUUGACAUCAGGGGAGAGCACUCUACACACAUCUUUAGAAGAUUUUUACCAGCUUGUCAGUGACUAUGAGCGUUAUAAGGCAGAGCUGUGUGAGGCAGUGGAGGUAGGGGAUGCAGACACAGUCAGGGAGAUGCUUUACACUGAGUCUUGGUCAUGCAGAGGCUUGGAUGUCUGCCAUGCAGACUUUAGGUGCGCGGGUGAUGGUCAGCCUCUGCUCCACAAGGCUGUGUUAAGGAAGCACCAUGAGGUUGUCAUGGAGAUUGGCAAGUACUACACACAGACAUGGGCACGUAAACUGGACACUGUCAGAGAUCAGUAUUUCAGAACAGCUUUACACUAUGUGUAUGCCAUGGACCAAAGCCAGCAGAUGAUUGGAAUACUAGAGGACUACGGCAUGUCGGAAUACACCAUGGACAAGGAUGGUAGAUCUCCUGUGGCAUUCAAGGAUCGCAUAAAAUUGGCAGAAAUGAGGGACCUGCUUCAGUACCAUCUCAUACAGGAUUUCUCAGCACCAGAGCCUGACCCCUGGUCUGUGACUCUGCCCCUUCCCAUCACUGGAUUCUUGAACAAGUGUCUCCAUAGCAACCAUCACCAUGGCAAGAAAGGUCAUGAAGUUGACAACAAGGGUCAUUACCAUAGCACAAUGCUGCCAAAUGGUACCAGCAGUGAGCUGAAUCGUGGCCAGGACUGGCAGAAAAUGGUUAGUCAAUAUAUGAUCCCAUAUGAAGAUCAACAUCACCAAAAUAUUCAAAGAAGCCAUGGAAAACAAUCUUCAGGUAUUAAGAACCGUGUUUCUUUUGAGAAGCAGUGUCUUGACAGAGCAAAGAUACACAGGCAGACGAGUUUAAACCCUGAUCAAUCAAGGAAACAUUAUGGAAAUGAUCAUCAGAACAGUUCACAAGAAAAUUUUCAUAUGGAUAAGUUUAGGGAUGAAACCGAGAUAAGUAGGUCACAGUCAGAAACAAACCUGGAUUUGAGGACUGUUAAGGAGAAUGGUACUUUUGGUGGCUAUUACAAACAGGACUCCACUACGUCAGAGGCCAAUGCUAGUGGCUAUGACUCUGAUGUAUCUAGUAACGCAAGUGAAAGUGGACACAAUUAUGAGGCCGACCAGUCUGAACUGGAAUCUGACCUUGACCUUGUGACGGACAAGAGCAAUUGCUUGAUCCUCUGAAGGAUUGAUCUUAAAAAGUAUGGCGGAAUUAUCACUUGUUUUAUUGUCAUUUCUGUUUUGAAAUCAUGAUUUGAAUAUAAUUGAGGUAUUAAAGAUGCUUUAUCUGUAAAAUAAUAGCGUUGUUUCAGAAAUGAACACAUCAUUAUAGAUAGAUAUGAAUGAAAAAUGACUGAUGAUCAAUGAUUUCAAGUCAUCUUAAGAGCAGUUUAAUGUCUAUUGAUCUGGCCUGUCAAAACAUAUGUCAUUCCUGUUGAAGAAAUUCAAAGUCUUUCGAGCUUUCCAUGUCUGCACAUCUAUGUCUAUGGAAAUAUUUCCGGAGAUAAUCGUCAGAGAGGGUAUUUAAAAUGUAAAUGAGCAAAGCUUGAAAAGCUGGCAGCUUUUUUGACUUCAAAGAUAUUCUUUUGCUGCUUUUUUUGUAACCUCUCAAUAUGGAAAGUACAUAUACUUUGUGGAGUGUAAAACAGUGCCAAUCUUUCUUUUUAUGCCCCCGGUAGGGUGGCAUAUAGCAGUUGAACUGUCCGUCAGUGUGUCAGUCUGUCCGUCCGCCCAGAAACUUUAAUGGCCAUAACUUUUUCAAUAUUGAACAUAGCAACUUGAUAUUUGGCAUACCUGUGCAUCUCAUGGAGCUGAACAUUUUGAGUGGUGAAAGGUGAAGGUGAAGGUCAUCCUUCAAGGUCAAAUGUAAAAUAUAUGGCGCCUGCCCGUCCGUCCGAAAACUUUAACAUUGGCCAUCACUUUUUCAAUAUUGAAGAUAGCAAUUUGAUAUUUUGCAUGCAUGUGUAUCUCAUAGAGCUGCACAUUUUGAGUACAAAAAGGUCAAGGUCAUCCUUCAAGGUCAAAUGUCAAAUAUAUGGCAUCUGUCCGUCCAUAACUUUCGCCAUAACUUUUUUAUGCCCUGAAGGGUGGCAUAUAGUUUUGGAACUGUCCGUCUGUCUGUUCGUCAGUCAGUCCCUCCGUUCAUCCGUCAGUCCGUCCGCCCAUCGGAAAACUUUAACAUAGCCCAUAACUUUUGCAAUAUUAAAGAUAGCAGCUUGAUAUUUGGCAUGCAUGUGUAUCUCAUGGAGCUGCACAUUUUGAGAGGUGAAAGGUAAAGGUCAUUCUUCAAGGUUUAAGGUCAAAGGUCUAAUUUUGCAAUAUUGAAGAUAGUUACUUGAUAUUUGGCAUGCAUGUGUAUCUCACGGAGCUGCACAUUUUGAGUGGUGAAAGGUCAAGGUCAUUCUUCAAGGUCAAAGGUCAAAUUUUGCAAUAUUGAAGAUAGCAACUUCAUAUUUGGCAUUCAUGCAUAUCUCAUGGAGCUGCACAUUUUGAGUGGUGAAAGGUCAAGGUCAUCCUUCAUGGUCAAAGGUCAAAUUUUGUGUGAAUAUUGAAGAUAGCAACUCGAUAUUUGGCAUGCAUGCGUAUCUCAUGGAGCUGCACAUUUUGAGUGGUAAAAGGUCAAGAUCAUCCUUCAAGGUCAAAGGUCAAAUUUUGCAAUAUUGAAGAUAUCAACUCGAUAUUUGGCAUGCAUGUGUAUCACAUGGAUCUGCACAUUUUGAGUGGUGAAAGGUCAAAGUCAAGGUCAUCCUACAAGGUCAAAAUUUGCAAUAUUGAAGAUAGCAACUUAAUAUUUGGCAUGCAUGUGUAUCUCAUGGAGAUGCACAUUUUGAGUGGUGAAAGGUCAAUGUCAUCCUUCAAGGUCAAGUUCAAAGGUCAAAUUUUGCAAUAUUGAAGAUAGCAACUCCAUAUUUGGCAUGCAUGCGUAUCUUAUGGAGCUGCACAUUUUGAGCGGUGAAAGGUCAAGGUCAUCCUUCAAGGUAAAAGGUAAAAUAUAUGGCUUCAAAGCGGCGCAGUAGGGGGCAUUGUGUUUCAAGUACACAGCUCUUGUUUUACAGAUAUCAAUACAUUUGGGAAGUGAUACAGGGUCAGCAUUUUAAAAGGAACAGUACGAUUUGCCUUAUAAAUGAAUAAAAAAAAUUAGAGCACAAUUAGUCAUUAUAUUUUGUAAAAAAAGCAUUUAACACUUAUCACUUACAAAAUAUUUAAAAGUUUCAUAAUGCAGAAGUUCUUUUUCAAUGCAACAUUUUUUAAACUUAAAAGCAUUUCAUGUAUCCAAACAAGUUUGUAAAAAAACCUGUUUAAACCCUUACUUAUUGUUUACCUAUACAUGUACUGUAGUAGCAUAAUGUACAAUUUAAAUAACCUUUGGCUGCAAUAAUCAAUUUAUUAGUUUAUUUGUUUGUAGGCUCACUGUAUUUCAAAACAUUUUUAUGUCCCCCACCACUAUAUAGUGGGGGACACAUUGUUUUUGCCCAGUCUGUUGGUUGUUUGGUUGGUUUGUUUGGUAAAACUUUAACAUUUUGCAAUAACUUUUGCAAUAUUGACGAUAGCAACUUGAUAUUUGGCAUGCCUGUGUAUCGUAUGGAGCUGCACAUCUUGAGUGGUGAAAGGUCAAGGUCAUCCUUCAAGGUCAAAUAUAUAGCUUCAAAGCGGCGCAAAAGGGGACAUAGUGUUUCUUACAAACACAUAUCUUGUUUUUAUUUAUUUUGUGAUGUUUUGUCUGGCUUUUAGACUGGAGAACUUGACAUUUUCGUUUGUUUAUUGUGUGCAAUAAUAUACUGAGUUUAACUCUACAUACAUGUUUUUGUUUAAAUUAAAAACUGGUGAAUUUUACUUAUCUUCUCAUUUGUUUAUGUUUUCUAAUAAAAUCUGCCCAAUCUGA